CUAUUCCAGAUUUCCCACUAAAAGUUUUAUUUUACAAAAAUGGCAUGAAUUCAUUAUUAGCAAUAAUCGAAAGCUGGAAGAUAUCAACAAAAAUAGUCUUAUAUGUUCUUGUCAUUUUACUCCGCAGUCUUUUAUUGUACACAAUAAAAACAKAAUAUUACAAAAACACGCUGUACCAACAAUUAUAAUAGCAAGAGUUAAAGGUGCAAAAACUAUGUUUUCUGAACUUAAAGAAGAGAUACCCCAAGCAACCUCAUCUAUAAGUAGUAGUUCAAAUCUUCAAAUGAAAAGGAUCUUGGUUAAAGUAACUGAUAAUAGUGAACGUGAACAUGGUAUUCUACCACUAGUCAAUCUUGAAUUGGAACAAUCUAUGGCAAGCGUGUCAUCAGAUGUAAUUAAUUCAUCAACUAAUACAGCAGAAAUAACUGAUAAUAAUGAACCUAUGAAUAGUACAUUAGAAUUCGUUGAUAAUGAUUUAGAUCAAUCUAUGKUAAACGCAUCACCAGAUACAUUUAAUUCACCAACUCCUACUAUAAAAGUAAAGUCAGCUUAUUUAACUGCAUCCAAGACUUCUAUUGAUGAUACACCAAGACGAUCAUUUCUUAAAUAUGGAAUUCGUCAGUUAUCAAAUGAAAUUCAGAUCAAAAAUAGCAAAUUAAAAAAAUUACAACAAACUAUUCGGCGUCAAGACAAAAAAAUUGCUACCAUGUCAGAAAUCAUCAAAAAUUUAAAAAAUAAAAAUCUUUUAAAUGAAAAUGAUUCUGAUGUUCUUUUUGAAUCUUUUGGAACAAGAGGGUUGCCACUUAGCCAAUAAG